CUCCACUAACUGAGCUCUGUCACGCCGUUAGUGUAAUGGCUUGCGUGGCAAUUGACAUCCAACUGGCUCCAACAUGGCUCCAACGUGGCUUCAAUGUGGCAUCAAGGUCCAUUGGUGGGAAUACAUGGAAGAUCAUUGAAUCUGCUUCAAAUCCCUCAUCUCCACCAACCCCAUCUCCGCUGCCACCCCUCUUCUCCCCAGAACCCACCGCUUCAAGCUCGCUAAAGUCGCAUCGCUGUGCUUUUCGGAGCCAACUCUGCGAUCGGAUACCUCUUGAUGCUUGCCAUCGUGUCUUUCAACGGAGGCGUGUUUUUCGCGAUUGUUGCCAGGCUAACUGUUGGCAACCUAUUCUUCCAGUGCGAGGAUGGAUUUUUGUAUCUGCUUCUGUCGGGAAUGGCGGUCCUGGUGGACUAACGGUGACCAAUAUUGCUCCACGGGUCACAAAUGUCGGUGCUGGAACUAUUGAUAGAGAUUUCCCUACUAAUGUUAAGCUUGGGAAUGGAAAGACGGUGCCUGGAGUCUGUAUGUACUCCAUGAGUCAAAGAGGGUGACUUGUUUGCCCCAGUACAAGGUCAUGUGCAUCAUCUUCAACGUAGGUGGCAUUUUUAUUUAAUUUAAAAAUUUUGUAAUCCUUUUUCUCCAUCCACGUCAUCUCUUUUUCCUCUUUCACUUUCUCUCUCCAUUACCUUUCCUUUUCCCUUACCUCUGUAAACCUAGAUCUGGGUUCUCUCUCAAACUUCAUCUUCUUCCUCCUUUCCACCUAUCUUUCUUUGCUCGUCCUUCUUCUUUCUUCUUCGUAUUCUUUCUCUCUCUCUCUUUUCUCCCUUCUUCUUCCUCUCUUAAACCCAGAUCUGGGUUUUAGGAUUG